AUGGCCCAGCUGAAGGCCACGAGGUCAUCCCCGCAUCUGGAGCCAGGGCAGGCUCAGGCCCCUGACUCGGCCCAGCUGGUGCUUGUUGCAGGGGAACCUGUGCAGACUGGGGCUCUUCAGAAUCAGGCCCCAGACUUGGUUCAGAUGCCACCUGAGGCGAAGGAUCUGGUGCGGACUGAGACUCCUCUGGUUCUGAGUCCGAGCCCGAGUCCCAGGCCAUCACAGGGAGGCACAUCCACAGCCCGAAGCAUCCAUAAGAUGAAGUGCCGUGUCUGCGCAUGCACGCGGCGCAAUUUCGAGCUUCUGCGCAUGCACAAACAGCGAAACCCGGAAGUAACCAAUUCUGGGACUUCCAGGUUUGCCACUGUCCAUAACAUGAAAUUCUGUUACCCGAAGGCAACAUAUCUAGAGGUAUGA